AUGAAGCCGGUGACGCUGGUGGCGCUGACCAUGGCCCACUUCAAGCUCCAGGGCUGCUUGGCGCAGCAGGUGGCGGCCACCCUGCAGGCAGAACGCAGCGAGCACAAGGCGCUGUGCCUCGGCGACGCGGCGAAGCGCUUGCUGACGGUGACCUGCGACGCAUGCCUCAGCCUGUCGGACCAACUGCACAUCUCAACACCCUCGGAGAGCUUCAACCACCUGGUGGGCGGGCCCUCUGCAGGUAGCUUCUUCCUGGACUACGUGAUGCCUGUCGACCGCGCCAAGUUUCAAGACUUCAUCGAGAUGGGGAGCCACGCGCCAGCGGGCUGCCAUGUCCGAAUGAAGAACACCAGCUCCAACACCGACUUUGACGCGGAGAUCUUCCACGUGAACAUCGGCAACCAAGCGAUGCCGGAGCAGCACUUCAUCGGAAUCUCCGCCCAAGUCCCGGAGCCCGAGGCAAGCAACGUGCCAGACAUGCGCUUCUUGCUGGGCCAGGGCGAUAGCGCGCACGCGAUUCGCGCCCCCAGCAUCAGCACUUUCAUGGCGCUCGCCGAGCUCGAGUCAGUGCAGCUGCAGGUGGACGCCUUGGCCACAGAGCAAGGCUUUGUGAUGAAGUCGGUGGGCUUCAACUUCUCCGAGGAGGCGAAGGCGGAGAACUUGCCGAAUCUUCUGGAGUGGGUGGUCCCAAACUUCCGAGUCACGGUGGACACCUGGGUGCAGCAUCACGCCAACGCCCAGUAUUCGGGAAAGGCCUUGGAGGAGAGCCUGGACAAAGUGCGCUUCUUCGCACCGGGGGAGGGCUGCUGGGAGGGGUCGCUGCACUGCUGCGGCUGCGAUGAGGACGAGAGCUUGGCGCCUCGGCUCGGCUCGAAAGAAGGUUGCCCGAUUUUCAUUUUGUGCCACGUGGAUCAGGCGCUACUGUCGUCAGAGGUCAUUGAGGAGCUGGUCAGCCAGGCAUUAGGCCUUCCUGCCGCCGCAGGUGCCAAGAAAGCACCAAAGCGCGAGGCUCCAAGGCCGCGGUCGCCGGGGUCGCCGGGGUCCCCGCCCCCGCUGGUGCCAUCGGCGAGGCUAGUGAAGGCCGAGGAGGCGCGCUCGCCGCAGGAGCGCCUGGUGGGGUCCCCUGCCUUCGGCCCCCUGGGGCGUAGCACCGGCUUCGGCCACCCGCUGCCGGGCGACACCCUGGCCCGGGCAGAGGCGGAGUCAGCGAAGCCGGAGAAGGGGAAGAAGGAGGAGCCGUCCGCAGAGGAAGCCGAGAAAGCAGAGAAAGCAGGGAAGAAGACGAAUCCUUCUUCCAAGGAUCGGGACAAGCGGGAGGAGUCCGAGGCAAAAAGUCAGGUGUCCACCCCCCGGCUCCAGAUCAGCGAGAAGUCCCGGAAGCUUGCAGAGAAAGUCAAGCCCUUCAAGGAGAGGUUGGAAGAAGUCUUCGAGGGGCACAAGAAGGCGAAGGAAGCGAAGGCCCAAGGUCUGGUGGAAGAAGAGGUGAAGGAAGCCACACCGCGGCUUGAGAUCAGCGAGCAUUCGCGGAAGCUGGCCGGGAAAGUCAAGCCGGUUCAUGAGCGCCUGGAUGACAUCUUGAAGGGCAGGGAGAAGACUCGGGCGCAGGCUCGUGCAAAGCAAGAGGAGAUGGAGAUGAAGGAUGCGACCCUUCGGCCCGCCAUUUCCGCGAGGGCCAUGAAGAUGGAGCGUCGCUUUGAGGAUCACCAGAGUUGGAAGGAGAAGCGGGACAAGCGGAUAGGAGAGGAGCAACUGGCGCAGUACCAGAAGCAGCUGGCGGAGUGCACCUUCAAGCCGCAGAUCAACAAAAUCUCCGACACCAUGGCCAGGAAGACCGAGGCCAUAAGCUUCCGUUCCGGAAAGCGCCCAGGUGGGUGCGCCAAGGCUUGUGAAGGCGAACUGCCCAGCGAAAGCAGCCCGGUGUCCAUUGACGAUUGCUCCUGGGUGAGCCUGCUUGGGGAAGAAGUAGGCCCAACUGCAGAGGCCCCGGUCCUUGACCUCUCGAGUUUCAGAAGAGCCAGCGACGGUGACCUGUUUUCCAAGCCACGAACACCUCGUCCUGGCAAGACGGCGCGAAGGCCGGUCUCGCCGCGCCAUGCCGGCAGCGCAACACCUUCCACAACUGUGCCAGACUCACCCUCCGCACCCUUGCUCCGGCCCAACCUGGAUGAGCUCGACUUUGCCCGAAGGGCUUCGAUCCCAGUGCUGGCGCCAAUGGAUAAGAGCACGAGGACGCCGAGGUCGCCGAGAUCCGCCAGCGCCGGUCUGGCCCGCGUGCAGAGCCAGGUGGUGAAGAAAAGCAGCGAAGAGGCCCAAGCAGCCCCAGUGGAGGCCGGGAGGAGCCGCCGCCAAGGCAUCGCCUUCGCCGAAGCCGAGAUCCUCGUUGACCUCCAGAAGCUCCACGGAAGCGCACGUCAUACCAUACUGCGCAGAAUUCCAGGACGUCUUCAACUUCACGGCGCAGCUUUGCCGGUGAGCGGAUCGAUUGGCCAGCCCGGCGCCCAAUUUCUGCCCUUUUUUACCGCGCAUGAACUCCGAUGACCCCGGAGGUCAAAACAUCCGUCA